AUGGCGGCUGCUGCUGCCCAGCACCGCGGACGAGAUCGAGAUACCAGCACCACCACGACUGCGGCUCCUCCUGCUACUUCUUCUACUACUUCUUCUACUACUUCUGCUGCUGCUGCUGCUGCUACUGCAACUAACACUACAGCCAUGGCCGCAGCUGCAGCAGACAGGUCCAAGGACAGGGACAGAGGAGACGUGGGCGAGGCCGUUUCUUCAGAGACCGCGUCCAGUGCCACCACACCUGCUCCCGCUCCCGCUCCCUACAGCACUCGCUCGCGAAACAGGCCCCGUAUCAACUAUGCCGAAGACACAGAGCUGGAUGCUGAGCUCGAGCAGCCACCGGCCCCGGUCUCUGCUUCUGCGUCGGCCGGUGCUGGUGCUGGUGCUACUUCCAACUCCACGGCCAAGGGCACCCCGGGCCGCAAGCCAAAGGACAGGGACGCCGCGGCCCAGACGACUUCUUCCUCCUCCAGCAACACACGUAUCGCCUCGCCGGCCUCCAACAGCGAGAGACCGCCCGGCAUGAGCACGCGCAGAGCUGCCGCCGCCGCAGCUAGCAAUGGGACUGCCGCAGCCAGAGACAAAAACUCCGAUAGCCAUGGCCAUGCGGCCGCCGCCAGCACCGCCAGCACCACCACGACCACCACGACCACCGCCUCUACUUCGGCCAUUCCUGGCACAUCGACUUUCUCCGCGAACCCAAACACCGUUGUCGUCUCGUCGAAGAAGCGGAAGCAGCCCGGAUCCAGCACCACCGUGCAGAAUGUCGUCCCGGCCAACGGGGGCGGACACCCCAACAAGCGCUUCAUUGCCGCUGGUUCGCGCAAUUCAGAAGAGGCCGUCACCACUUCUAUGAUGACCUUUCGCUCCUCUCGAGCCAUGCUCAGAAACGGCAAGCUAAAGGCAGACGACGGCACCCUCCUCGCCCCAAAUGGUAACGUCUAUUACGUUUAUUUUAUUUUAAUUUUUUUUUUUUUCCCCUCGCAUUUAUAUAUAUAUUAUAUAUUAUCUUUUUCAUGCAUGUACUAA